AUGGAAGCUCUAGGUACAACACUUCUCAAAGCAGAACGUUUGGUGUGCCCAAGGAAACGCAAAUACCUUAUCCACGGAAUCAUCACAACAGAGAACACGAAAGGUUUGAUAACGGAGCUACGUUAUUUGUUCAUUCUUUUUUGUUGCGGUCGGGUGUUGAUUAGCAGAAGUUGUGUUGAUGCGUCUUCCUCCUCAUCAUCAUUUCGUAAUCCUAAGACAAAUGAGAAUUUGGAAUUCCAAUUGACGGAAGUUGCAGCUGCAACGAAAAAGUUGUUCCAGUAUCUUAAAAAGUUUCUCUCAGAAGGGUUCUACUGGGGCUUUCCUAAGGAUUAUGAUGAUGAUCAAGAUAUCUUUCGUUACAAACCCGAACUUUCGCCGGAAGAGCUUUGUGAUCCCGUCGGCCUUAUUUUGUCCACCAUCCAAUCAUUUCAGCCUGAUCAACCUCGGUUUCCAACUGAAUACCGGCGUCUCUUCAAUGCGUUUCUAUGGUAUAAUCUGUUCCACCUGAAUGAAUGCUCGUAUUUGGAUGAUCCACUAAUCAGGAUGCAGAUAGAGGCCUGGGAUAGUAACAUUCAGACCUCCCAAUGGUUGCAGUUAAUUGGUUGUUAUGAUGAUUGGAAAGAUGCAGAAACAUCGAUAGACUACUUUCUCAGUUUCGGACUUGAUUUGAACAAAAUAGAAAUACAUUCUAAUGGAAAUAGAGAACCAUACGUUCUUUACACCAAUGUUGAACUAUUGCUGGCCUGCCUCAUCAAGAUUCCGCAAAUGAUGAUGAGCCAGGACACGGAUGAGGUACAUCAAUUUGUAGCAGCUAUUAAAAAUGUGGUUAUGGAGGCUAAAGACCUACCAUAUUACCGAUGUUACUAUGAUAAAAGCAGAUCCCAGUUUGCAAUUGUGUUUGCCAAGAUUUGGCGUCUCAAGGUUGAGAUUUCCAUCAAAAGUGGUGGUACCCUCUUCCCCCUAUCCACGGAUCAACAUAUCCAUUCAUUGUGGAAGGAGUAUAGAUUUUUGCAAAGGAACUUUCAAUGGACCAAGGAAAGCCCAACAGAAUAUCGGAUAUGGAAUGUCAUAAAAGAAAUUCCUCAGCUUGUUGAAUCUUUCUGCCGCUCUUCUUCUGUUGAUGAUGGUGCAGAGGAGAACAACAACCUGUUGGUACAUCUCCAGGUGGUCAGCAAUGUACUUUUCAGGACACUUGUUCAUAUCUUGCUGUUGAAGGCAAAGCAACUCACUUCAUCGAAUCACACUGAAGAUGCCGAAAAUUAG